CGACAAAGGAUUUCAGCGAAUUCACCGACUCGACCGAGAAAAUUCGCUAAAUUUCCCCAGUAAGACACCGUUGAAUGCUUUUUCAUCUGAAUGCAACAUUGUAUCCACUAUUACUGGAGCGAUAUGCGCAAAAUCUCACGAAUGAGUUCCUGCUGUGAGCAGGACCUGAGUUUCACCUCUGAACCAUGUAGUGGAUGACGUGAAGGUCAAGCUCAUUGCUGUUUUCGGACUAGAGCGGAAGCGACGCAGUUGCCCUGCAUCUCGUCUAUCGAUAAAGCCUACAUUUCCAUGGGACGCUAAUUCAACAACCCAACUCAUCAUCCAUCAACCAUCUGUGCGUGCGUUUGCCCUCAGAACUCAUUGUCUUCAUUUUACAGUCCUACCGGUCGUUAGUAAUAUAGUAUAGACUUAACGAAGGUAUUCGGAUAUCCCGUGUGUUGCAACACAUAGCCGCUGCUCGACACAGACACGGUACGGCGCUUCCUGGUCUUCACUUUACCAUGCUUCAAUGCCGAUUUGAUGAAUUUUAGUAUCACCUCACUUUACAAUCAAUCGCCUUUCACGAUCUGGACCGAUCAAAGAUGAAGUACAGCGGAUUGUUCUUCGUCUCAAACCCAACAGCUCAAAUCCCUGGCUCCGAAGCCCUCUGUGAAUCAGUCAGCACGGGGAUCGAACAAAACUUGCAGCGGGCCAAUCGCGAGGAAAGCAGCUGGAGUCUAAGUCACAUCAUCUUCCGGGAUAUUCAGGAUGCCCCCAACACAGCCUCGUCAUCCGCAUCAACGACUCCGUCGCACUCGUAUCAUCACCUUCUACGCCUCUCAUGCUUCAAUCCGGAUCGCGCGUACAGCUACAUCCAACCGCGCACUUCUGGCGAAGCCACUCCAAAUGUCGCCCAAGGGCCCAUUGUAGCCAUGCCCGCCGACCAAUUUGACCAGUUCAACCAGCUAGUUCUGAACCAGUGGUCGCUCCUCUGGACACCCCAGCGCGCCCUUGACAUCCCGCCUAAUUUUCCGGGUUUCUCGUAUAAAGUGGCCGCCUUCACCAUUCACAUCGGCGCGUUGCGCUCGAGACGCACCGGCCCACAGACAGCUGCGACGCUCUCACCUGGCAUCCUCGUCUGUAUCUCUACUGACAUCUUGGGUGAAAAUGAGGAGGCCUUGAAGAGUGAUGACAACGACUUGGACUACGGGGAAAUCGAUUAUAGUCAAACCCAGGAGGCCAUACGCGAGCUCUGGCGGACUAUGACGACGGGGGUUGAGCUCGGUAAGUCCGAGGUCCGCGAGGUCAUGCAAGCUGGCGCGGAGAAGGAGCAAGAUACGGAAGCGGCGGUGCGUAUGUGGUGCGAAGCGUUGAAGCUUCGGGGUUAG